UUACCUAUGUAGAGGUGGGGGAUCCCGACAGGUAAUGCUCUGUUUGCCCUACAGACAGAGCUACAAUGACGUAUGACGUAGCGGCUGGCAGCAGUAUGAUGGAAUGUGCGCAGGACCAGCAAAACAGCAGCUCUCCAUUCUCUUAUUUGAAGCUCUCCUGCCUAACGUCAAACCUCCUUCCCAGUCAUUCUUCCCAUCAACUUCAUCACCAAACUGACGAUCUGAGCAUCAUUACAACUUCUCCCAUCAGCCAAGAACUCCUCACAUCUACUUCACCUUCAUACCAUUAUUCACUCGAUUGACUUCCCUCCUGCUACCUAUUGCCAGAGCAGAACCCUCCCAUCUUCACCGCUCGCCUAUCUGCAACUCGGACAACAUGACUAAAGGCGAGGCCACCCAGAUCAAGGUCCACUACAAGGGCAAGGACGAGGACUUCAUUGUCUUUGUCGACGAUAACGAGACAUACAAGAAGUGGCUGGACGACAAAUCUGUCCCCAUGGCCCACUUCGUUUCCACAUUCAAGGUCUUCGUGAACGGCAAGCAAGGAACUCAAGGCCAGCUUUCCGACGCGGCGAAAUUAACGCUGGCGGCCGAGUUUGAUACUGAGGACGAGGACGAGGUUAUUAAGCAGAUCCUCCAGAAGGGCAACGUUCAGGAGUCACAGUUCCCCGGACGUAGCGGACACAAGAACGAUGCUCAAACGACCAACAUUGUGAACGGCCAGCCAGGCACAAGAUAAGAAGGGACAGCGUGCAGCUCAAGGCUGGCUAAUCUUGCCUAGAAAGCCAUCGGUGUCAUGGACUCCUGUAGGAGCACGCAGCGCUGGCGACAGUUCCAGAGGCUGUGCAAUUUUGGGGGGCUACG